CCAAGUAAAUCAUUUAGUUUACAAUCUAGAGAAGGUGGAGUCAGGGAGGGGAUUUCUCUCCUCCCAUUGCUAUAUUAGUCUGACUUUCUCUUGGUGCUGUCACAUUCAAUCAGGUUACGAAAAUGACAACUUACACAGACAAAGGAGAAAAGCCCGAAGGAGGCAAAUUUCUCCACUUCCACUCUCUCACAUUCUGGGUUGGAAAUGCUAAGCAGGCUGCCUCGUUUUAUUGUAACAAAAUGGGAUUUGAAGAACUGGCCUAUAAGGGCCUGGAAACUGGCAGCAGAGAAGUGGUGUCUCAUGUAAUAAAGCAGGAUAAGAUCAUAUUUGUCCUCUCAUCUGCUCUCAACCCUGAAAACAAAGACAUGGGAGAGCACUUGGUGAAGCAUGGAGAUGGCGUAAAAGACAUUGCAUUUGAAGUCGAAGAUUGCGACUUCAUUGUGCAGAAAGCUAAAGAGCGUGGGGCAGUGAUAGUGAAAGAGCCCUGGGUAGAGGAAGACAAAUAUGGAAAAGUGAAAUUUGCAGUCAUCCAGACGUAUGGAGACACGACGCACACGUUAAUAGAAAAUCUUAACUACAAAGGUCUCUUCUUACCUGGCUUUGAGCCACCUCUCUUCAAAGACCCACUGUUACCAAAGCUACCAAGUGGCAAGCUGAGUUUCAUUGACCAUGUGGUGGGGAACCAGCCGGAUCUUCAGAUGGUCCCUGUGGCAGAAUGGUACCAGAAGAACCUUCUGUUUCAUCGGUUCUGGUCUGUGGAUGAUAAACAACUGCACACACAGUUCAGUGCCCUGCGUUCCAUUGUGGUCGCCAACUAUGAAGAGACCAUAAAAAUGCCCAUAAACGAGCCAGCAGUGGGCAAGAAAAAAUCCCAGAUUCAGGAAUAUGUGGAAUACUAUGGAGGAGCUGGAGUCCAGCACAUUGCUCUGAAUACCCCUGACAUUAUUACUGCUGUCACCAACCUGAAACAACGGGGCAUAGAGUUUAUGACGGUUCCAUCCACUUACUACCAGCAACUGCGAGAGAAGCUGAAAUCUGCCAAAAUCAAGGUUAAGGAAAACAUCGACAAACUGGAGGAACUGAAAAUCUUAGUUGACUUCGAUGAGAAAGGAUACCUGCUUCAGAUCUUCACGAAACCUGUUCAGGAUAGACCCACUGUCUUUCUGGAGGUCAUACAGCGCCACAACCACCAGGGAUUUGGUGCUGGAAAUUUCAAGUCUUUGUUUCAAGCUAUAGAAGAUGACCAGGAUGCAAGAGGAAACCUUACCAUACUGACAGCAAAUGGAGAAACUAAUUUCAUCUAGAGCCUCUCAGCAAGAGAUAGGCAGCAGACACAAUUACUUUCAUAUAUAGAAGUGUCUAUACAAUUAAAAAAAAAUCCCCAAUAAUUUGGGUAAUUAGCCCAACACUAAGCGUAUAAAACAAGGAAAUUCACCGUUAAGCUUGGGCGGCAGGUAUAAUAGGCCGUCCAAGGGUGGCUAAGGCUCCCCUAACCCAGGCCAUGGCCCAGCCCACACUCCGCCCUGAUGCCCCGCCUCUCUCUCCCCCUCACCCCCGAUGCUCAUGGGGGCUCAGCUCAGAGAGGCCCGGGGGUCGGGCUGGUGCGGCGGGUCAGUUUGGGCUGGGCCGGUUCGGGCCGCGCCGUCGAGUCGGUUCGGGGUGGGUUGGGCCAGCGGGCUGGGUAGGUUUGGGCCGGGCUGGUGUGUCUGGCUGGGUCGGGUCAGGGUGGCACGUUGGGUCGGUUCAGGUUGUCGUGUUGGGUCGGUUCAGGUCGAGCUGGCACGUUAGGUCAGUUUGGGCUGGUGCACGGGUUGGUUUGGUCUGGGCUGGCGCGUCGGGUCGGUUCAGGUCGGGCUUGGCGGGUGCGUCGGGUCGGGCUGGACCAGAGCCUCGGGUUGGGGUGGGCCGGCGUGUCGGGUCGGUUCCGGUUGGGCUGGCACGUCGGGUUGGUUUGGGGUGGCGCGUUGGGUCGGGUCAGGUCGGGUCGGGCUGGUGCGUCGGGUCGGGUCGGGCUAGUGCGUCGGGUCGGUUCAGGUUGGGCCGACAUGUCGGGUCGGGCUGGCGCGUUGGGUUGGUUCAGGCCGGGCCGGUGUGUCAGGUCAGUUCUGGUUGGGCUGGCAUGUCGGGUCGGUUCGGGUCAGGCCACCGCGUCGGGUGGGUUUGGGCCGGCACAUCGGGUCGGUUCAGGUCGGGCCGUCGCAUCAGGUCAGUUUGGGCUGGCACGUUGGUUGGUUCAGGUCGGGCUGGAGCAUCAGGUCAGUUCGGGCCGGACUGGCACGUCGGGUUGGUUCAGGUCGGGCCGAUGUGUCAGGUCGGGCUGGGCCGGCACGUCGGUUUAGGUCGGGCUGGCACGUCGGGUUGGUUCAGGUUGGGCCGUCGCGUCAGGUCAGUUUGGGCUGGCACGUUGGUUGGUUCAGGUCAGGCUGGAGCAUCAGGUCAGUUCCGGUCGGACUGGCACGUCGGGUCGGUUCAGGUCGGGCCGGCGCGUUGGGUCGGCAUAUCGGUUCGGAUCAGGCUGGCGCGUCGGGUCGGUUCAGGUCGGGCCAAUGUGUCAGGUCGGGCUGUGCCGGCACGUCGGUUUGGGUCGGGCUGGCGUGUCGGGUUGGUUCGGGCCAGCGCAUCGGCUUGCUUUGGUCUGGGCUAGCGCGUCAGUUCAGGCCGGGCUGGCACAUCGGGUCGACCAGCGGUUUGGAGCAGCUGGGGCGGGAAAGCCAGUGCUUGGAGCAGUUCAGCCAGGGCUCCUAUGGCAACGGCGUGGGCCCUCAGGACUACGGUGGGUAAAAGGGGCAGGGCCUUGGGUAUAAGGGGCGGGGCCAGGGGGCUAUGCUCCCCGAAUGGGGGGAUUCACAUGUCACCAAUGCAGUUAAGUUUAAACUUAAAAGGAAUCCAAAUGUGAUAUGGUACGGCAAUGUAAUUAGGGCAUUCCAACAACCAUAACUCUACCCUCCACUGACAUGGGGGGGCAGGAUUUAAAAAAUAAUCAAAUGUCUUUAAAAUUAGUUUAAUCCAAUCUGGGCUGCUAAAUACUAAAAUGCCUUAAUCAGCACUACAGGGUAGUGUUCAGGUUUCUGCUGAAGAAGGAAUUUCAGUUAUAAAGAAUAACAGGGAGAAACAACCCAUUAACCCUAAUGAACUAUUUGCAUGUUACGUACACACAAGAUUUCAGCGAAUUUUAACUAUAUGAGAAAUGCAAAGAGGGCAGAGUUAAGGUUUGGUGCCCUAACUGCAUGUCCUACCUUAAGAUGUUUGGAUUUCUUUUAAAUUUAAUCUUACCUGUGAAUUUCCUGGGUUUCUAACACUUGGUUUUGGGAUAAUUACAACGUCCCUGUAAUGUGGUUUAACCUAAACUGCCAAUAUAUGCUCUCAACCUUAACUCCA